CUCAUUUAAAGCCCCUCACAGAAAAAUGCGACCGUCUCCCAUAAAGACUGUUUCCCUCCUGGGGGGGAUUUUCUGCUGCUUCCUUUUCCUCUGUUUUUACAGACAGCUGAUUCAGGAUCAGAUGAGCUGGGAAAUCCUGACAGUUCAACAGGAUGAAAACACGACUGAAGCUCCGUGCUCCCUGAGGAACGAGGUGAGGAGACAUUCUGUCUUCAGGAGGAAGUUCCUGUUCUCUGUGCCGGUUCUUCAGUGGACCAAAAGUUUUACCAAACUGACCUGGGAGCAGCUGAAGAACCACGCACCUCCGUACGGCUGGAAGGGACUUCCUGCUAAAGUCCUAAACUCCACCCUCUCCCUUCUUAAACGCUCUGAGCUCUUUGAUCGCCGCUCACCUGGCAGGUGCAUUCGCUGUGCUGUGGUGGGAAAUGGGGGCAUCCUCCGAGGGUCCCGGCAGGGGAGGAACAUCGACAACCACGAUUUUGUCUUCAGGAUGAACGGGGCGGUGAUCGCGGGGUUUGAGGAAGACGUGGGGACGAAGACUUCCUUCUACGGCUUCACCGCCAACACCCUGAAACACGCUCUGAUCUGGUACCACGACGACGGCUUCACCAAAGUCCCUCAGAGUCGAGAGACCAAAUACAUCUUCAUCCCAUCAGACCUCAGAGAUUACGUCAUGCUAGCCGCUGCCAUUCAGGGUCGGGCUGUCAGCUCAGGCAGAGACAGAGGAGACAGACCCUGGAAGUAUUUUGGCCACCAAGCAGCUGAAAAGUUCAAACUCCUCCACCCGGCCUUUAUUUCCUAUGUGACACACAAGUUCCUGUCGUCGCCUCUGCUGGUUGAUGUCAGGACUCGUAAGCUGUACAUGCCGAGCACAGGCGCACUGAUGCUGAUGACCGCCUUACACACCUGUGACCAGGUUUCUGCUUUUGGUUUCCUCACCAGGAACUACGCCUCGUUCUCCGAUCAUUACUACGACUCCGUAUGGAGGCCUCUGAAGUUCUAUGCCAACCAUGACCUGCAGAUGGAGGGCCGGCUGUGGGAGGAGCUGCACCGCCAGAGCAUCAUCGUGUUGUACCAGAGGAGCUGACGGAGGAGAAGAGGCUCUGGUUUAGGUUUAGAGGUUUUUUCACGAUGAGCACACAGAAUAUUUUUCUUUGUGUUCCUACAGAAAAUUUUUAGAGAAGAUAAUCCUGAGAAAAGAUGACUG